UGAAUUUAACAGAGCUGGGACUACCGAUUGACAUUUGGGAUCGGUACUACCGGCGGUAGAUUACUGCUACCGAUACCGAUCAUUCGGUAUUUUGAAGAAACUACCGAAUACCGCUACCGAUCGCAUGAUUGGCAGUCAAUCGGUAUCGGUAGAUUGAAAAAGCGAGCGCGGGACUUUUUUGUUAAGACUUAAGAGAAGACGACCCCGGCAAAAUGAAACGGACAAGUUUCAACACGUUCGAGCGCAUCUAUGGGAAGCAGUUAGCAGGAAAUUCCAGGUAUUACUUUGACGUCAUCACGCUUAGCCAAUCACCGGCCGUUCUGGGCGUUCUCAGCCAAUCAGAGGCAGCCACGACCUAGCAGAUUCUCGCUCCCGCCAAAAGUUUUGGCGGGAGCCCCACUCUUGUUUGGCCUGCCGACGCGAGUAGCCUACACCUACGCUCUAGCUCCUACGCUCUCGACAACGUGCUCAGCCUCAUCGCCUAGUGUUUUAAGUGGCAGUGUUUUUAAGUCCACCGCCGCGGCAGCAACACUUAAUCGUUUUGUGCUUUUAACUUUUCAAGUGAUUUUCCUUUUUUAAACUUUAUUUUACAUUAAAAAAGUUUUGAUCAAGUCAGUGAACUAUUUAAUCAUAUUGUUACGAACCAGAGGUUAGGAUAUGCUGUGUGUUGAGUGAGUGUUUUGUAUGUGGCGCGGCGGGGCCCGUGUGUAGGAGUGUGUGAACCCUGUAAGAGGGACGCGGCAGAGUGAGGCUAGUCACGUAAGCCAGUGUCACGUGUGAGGCAGCGUGGGGGAGAGGUGAGGUGUGGAGGCAGCGUCUCCUUCCCCCUGUGGACUUGAGGACGUGUCCUGGGCAGAGGCCAUGGGAGUGAGGCUCUGUUAGGUUAGGCUCCAAAUUGAUGACACAAACUUAAUCGUACUUGUAAACUCAUUGCUUACUGACUACUUCUAUGGCUUUCAAGCUUUCUAUAACCUCUGUUAGAAUUAAUUUCACACAACACUUCCUGCCAAUCUAUUCUGUGCCAGUGUGCUUACAAACACGCUUACCUUUAUAUUGUCAAAUUGGCUCAGACUUAAGUGAACAGAGUAUAGUCGCCAUCAACAUGAGGAGGUUCCUGACCAGUAGCCCGGUCCCCGGCCCCAGCAGGCAGUCCCAGGCCCAGUAAGAGAGGACCAGCAGCCGCAGCAGCCUCUCGGAUGCCUCAAUCAUCAGUGACCCAGCCGACCCCCUGGAGGACACCAGGAGCCUCUCCAGGGCAUCUUCCAUGUCCACCAGCAGGCUGGACACCUUGGCCAGCAGCGGCGUGGACAUGGUGAGCGCCAGCGGCGAGGAGACCUCCGACUACGAGGAAACCCAGGGAGGGGGACAGGCCUUGAACGCCGAGGAGGAGCUAAAGGGCUCUCUUCACGGCCUUAACGAGUUCUUCAAGUUUUACAAGCUGGAGACCUCCCAGAAGAGCAGCAAGUUCAAGAACAAGAUGCUGCACAAGGGGAUGGCCAGCUGCUACAAGUGUCCCCAGAAGAUAAAGUUCGACAGCGAGUCGAGGGGGAACCUCAAGAAGCACUACAAGACCAAGCACCCCUCCAUGCUGUCGUCUCUGGAGGCAGCCCUGUCCCUCAACAGGUUCAAGCCGACGACCAAGAUAGAGAAGACCCGCCGCCAGAUCACCCUGAAGGAGGCGACGGAUAGGCCCAAGGCUUGGUCGCAGGAGCUGGCCCAGCAGGCGUACGUGGUCUGGUUCGCGGAGGGCCUCAAGCCCCUCUGCGACACCGAGGACGAGUCCACGAGGACCUUCUUGAACUUCCUCAAGCCCGAGUUCAAGAUUCCCUGCAGGAAGACCCUCACCAAGCGGCUCAACAAGUACGCUGUACAGGUCAAGGAUGAGGUCAAGGCCACCCUGCAGAACGUCGACCUUGUGGCCACCACCGCCGACUCCUGGACGUCCCACAGGAGGGCCUUCCUCGGCUGCACGGUGCACUGGAUCGACCCCAUCACUUUGGAGAGGAAGGCAGCAACUCUUGCGUGCAGGGAGCUGAUGGAGAAGCAGACAGGACGAGUUCUGGCAAGGAACCUGUCUGACAUCUUCACGGAGUUCGACAUCAGCAACAAGAUCGCCCACUGCACCACCGACAACGGGCGCAACUACGUGGCAGCCUUCGAGCACUUUGCCGCCGACACCACCACCAGGCCAGAGUUGACAGAGGAGGAGCUUGAGGAGCAGACCGACGAGGCGAUCGUCAACAGCGAGGUCGUCGACGUCUCGGACAUGCUGCGCAACAGGGGGGAUGAUGAGUCACAGCUUCCGCCACAUUUCAGAUGCAGUGCUCACACCCUCAACCUGCUGGCCACGACGGACGUAGCAGAGGUGCCUGAGUGGAACAAGGGGCCCAGGGCUGUCUUCAGGAGGCCUGGGGCCAAGGCCCAGGCCCUGUGGAACCAGCAGAAUAGGUCCUCUGUCUACGCCAACAGGAUCAAGGAGGCUCUGGGUGGCAGAAGGCUCGUCACCCCUGUAGCUACGAGGUGGAACAGCUACUUCAACUCCAUGAAGGCCCUCAUGGAGCUUGUGCUGGAGAAGCAGGACGCCAAGGUUGCCAUCAACCGCAUCCUCACCGACCAGGGCUCCGCCAGCUUCGACAUGAAGGAUGCCGAGAUCAUCAAGGAGUACAUGGACGUGAUGGAGCCUGUUGCCACCUGCCUGGACAGGAUGCAGUCAGACAAGUGGGCCUACAUGGGCAACCUCCUGCCCGACCUGAUGCUCCUCAAGAAGAAGCUCCAGCAGCAGCAGAGCCGCAACCUCAAGCACGCCAAGAAGCUUGUGGACUACCUCCUCGACCAGGACAACCUCACUAAUGGCUUUGCCAACAGAUUUGGUCACCUGUUCGCGGAGGAGCACCUGCUGAUGGCCACCGCCACCCACCCAGCCCACACUCUCCAGGCCAUCCACCGCCUUGCGGAGCAGGACUACACCACCAUCAAGGAGAGGCUUGUCAGGGAGUUGGUCGACAUCGUCAGUCCAACCCCUACGCGGGAGGCAGCUGCUGAUCAGGGUGGCAAUCAGUACUUCUGCUAUGAUGACCUCUAUGGGCCUUCUACUUCCACCACCCCAGCCAACAAAUCUACGCUGGAGGAGGCCAUCAAGCUGGAGGUCAUCAACUGGGCCAGGACCAGGGACCACGUCGUCAGGAAGGAGCAGUUUCCUGCCGGCCACCGCGACGCCUGGGUGAAGUUGUUUGUCAAAUACAACACCUCCCUGCCCAGUUCCGCUGCCGCUGAGAGGUUGUUCAGCACCGCCGGCAACAUCCUCCGCCCCAAGAGGUCCUCCCUGACUGCCAACAACUUUGAGCAGUUGGUGAUGUUGAAGGGCAACAGCGAGCAGUUCAAGACAUUCCUCAAGGAGGACCUCAAGAAGGGCGCCGACACCGACCUGGAGUAGGAGGCUCAAGACUGCUUCAGUUGUAAUUUUUUUUUGUGUUGGGAAGAAAUUUAUUUUGUGAAAGUUAAUAAAUAAUGCUGUAUUGUC